CUGUCAUUUUGUCUAUGUAUUGUGACAGAGAGUCGAACGUUGUUCGAAGCGUCGAACCCUCCAUUUGUGAAUUACUUCAACGAAUCAACGGCGUAUACGACCAACACAGGCUCCGGUCCGGGUCUGGUGGUGGACAUACUGCUCGAAACUACAUUUCAAGAUGUAUUGCCAGCCCUUGCUCCUGGUUGCCUGGGAACGUUUAAGCAGACCACGAUCUCAUGUUUAUGCGAUUGCAUACAAGGAGAAUUUGACAUAUUCGCCGAGGCAUUCAUUGCCCGUUCAGACGCGCAUCCAGGCAUGGAUCUGUCAGUGCCUUUCUUGCUGUCUGAAACAGCUAUGUUGGUUCGCUCACCCGACUACUAUGUAGACAAUACGCUAAUGAUGGUGACACCGUUCAGUUUCGCCAUUUGGGCGAUUAUAGCCGCCAUGAUCGUUGUGUCAGGUAUCACGUGGUACGGAUUUACCAAAGUGCUCACGAAAGUAUCAGAAGUGCCCUACAACUUCGUCGAUUCCAUAUGGGUAUUUUACUCGGUCUUUCUGCAACAGGGCUUGCCCGUGUUGCCCAGGACAUGGACUUGCCGAUCGUUGCUUUCCCUGUGGUGGCUCGUGUCGCUCACGUUAUGGGCAACGUUCACCGGCAAUAUGCUGCUCAUGUUUUCCGUUCACAGGUCGAAGUACCCGUUCGACACGUUCGAAGAAAUGGUGCUGCUCCUUCAAGACGGAAUGUACAAGGUCCUGACUCUUUUUGUGACAAAUAUUGCUAUAUGUUUUAACAGUGUUUUGGAAAGCUACAAACAACUCUGGUUGGAAAUGAGUCAAAAUGGCAGGUGGCUGAAUGCGUCUUCGCUCGAGAAAGGACGUGAUAUGGUCAUUGCGCACAAAAACGUCAUUCUCCUAGGACCAAGGUUGAACUUGGAAAUAUUGGCCGCCGACGACUGUCGCGUCACCGUCAUCAGCGGCAACAUGAUGCAAGUCUGGUAUUCCCUGGGCUUCCCGGAAAACUCACCUUAUGCACUGGCCAUCUCUGAAACGCUACUUCCAAAUGAUAUACUUAAUCUCUUGAAUUAUGGUCAAAAUUGA